CGACCUUCCCGCACUCCCAACAUCCGGUGGCCCUCCCGCCAGUGUCUCUUCCGGUCCCGCCCCUUGAGGGCGGUCGCCACCGGCUACGGAGUCCCUACGCUACCAACUUCCGCAUUGACCCACCCAUCGCGAGACUUUGGCGGCGCAGCAAUGGCAAGACCGUCAGCGCGCGUGCGUAGUGGCACGCGAGGGCUCACAUGCGCAGGCGCUGGUGUUGCCGCACUGUAGGCCGCGCAGGAGACAGCGCCUUCCCGAGGUCGAAACUUCCCAAGAAAGACAACCCCAGGCGCGGCUUGUGGCUGGCCAACUGUCAGCGGCUGGACCCCAGCGGCCAGGGCCUGUGGGACCCGGCCUCUGAGUACAUCUACUUCUGCUCCAAACACUUCGAGGAAAACUGCUUUGAGCUGGUGGGAAUCAGUGGGUAUCACAGGCUGAAGGAAGGGGCAGUCCCCACCAUAUUUGAGUCUUUCUCCAAGUUACGUCGAACAACCAGGACCAAGGGGCAUGGUUAUCCACCUGAUGUCAGCCAGCUCCGGCGAUGCAGGAAGCGCUGCUCUGAAGGUCAAGGACCCACAGCUCCAUUUUCUCCACCUCCUACUGAUAUCAUCUGCUUCCCUGUGGAAGAAGCCUCAGCACCUGCCACUCUGCCUGUAUCCCCAGCUGUGAGGCUGGAACCUGGCCUUAACAGCCCCUUCUCAGAUCUUCUGGGCCCUCUAGGUGCCCAAGCAGACGAAGCAGGCUGUAGUGCCCAGCCUUCGCCAGAGCGGCACCCCUCCCCUCUUGAACCACGGCCUAUCUCCCCAUCUGCUUACAUGUUACGGCUGCCACCGCCCGCUGGAGCCUACAUCCAGAAUGAGCACAGCUACCAGGUGGGGAGUGCCUUGCUCUGGAAGAGGAGAGCUGAAGCGGCUCUCGAUGCUCUGGACAAGGCCCAGCGCCAGCUGCAGGCCUGCAGACGGCGGGAGCAGCGGCUCAGGCUUCGACUGACCAAGCUGCAGCAGGAACGGGCGCGAGAGAAGCGAGCCCAGGCAGAUGCCCGCCAAACCCUUAAGGACCACGUUCAGGACUUCGCUAUGCAGCUGAGCAACAGCAUGGCCUGAGGACACGCCAAGGCUCUGGUCACUCUUCCUCAGAGGCACUUGAUGGGAACUGCAUCCACCGGGCCGGCCAGAAGUCAUAAUAAAGUGGGUGCUGGAAAGAGACCCUGCUGUCGGGCUCUGCUGAGGGUGCCAGGCUUCUCCCCAGACAGCAGCCAAAGCCCAGGGGCUCAGACCCUGGCAUGCAACCUCUUGGCCAUGGGGACUCUGUUUGCAGUCCCCCUGCUUAUUUAUACUCUUUCAAGUAAGAAAGCCCGCUCCUGAGUUCAGCUCUGCCCCUCCCCCUCCUUUUUUGAGUCAGGGUUUCAUGUAGUCCAGGCUGGUGUCAUUGAAGCCAGAGAAGACCUUGAACUCCUAAUCCUCUUGUACCUUCUGAGUAGAGUGAUAGGCAUGUGCCAUCAUGCCCAGUGUCAGACUUGGUACUUAUGGAGAGGCCCAGCAAGCCUCUACCCACAGGCCUCAUCUCUUUGGCCAGUCCCAUGCACUGCCCACUCCUGGCCGAACUUAGGGAGCCUCAAAACCAGCAUAGGGUGCUACACUUGCAAGACUACACCUAGAGACGUCUUUUAGAUACGGCAUUCAGGCCCUGGCCUUGGUACUGUAUUUAUCUUGGGAACUUAGCUUCUUACUAUAGCUGUGUCCAUGGUAAACACAAAGCACAUGGCCUCUCCCUGCUGCACCUUGGCCACAUAGCUCAAACACAGUUGAGUUUCUGGCUGAGUUCGUACAUAAGGUUCUCAAAGUUUUCUUUUUGGAGCCCUGGGUGAAUGUUUAUUUGUAUCCUGUGUAGAGGAGAUGAAAGUCCAGUUACAGGGGUCAGCAAGAUUUGCCGACCAAAGUUUUCAGGUGUUCCCCGAAAAGAGGCUUAGAUGAGGUCACAACCUUGGGGGAAGGGCUGACACAGCACAACUGACACCCAGCCUGCCUGGCUGCCCACCAUAGGCGGGACCCUCCACUUAGCUUAGCUCAGCUACCAUCAGCUUGUUCCUAGUACCUCAUCUUAUAACCAGACCAUUUCCUGGAUGUCUGUAUGGGACUGCCAGCCAGGGCACUUUCUACCUGGAGCCCCACAGCAUGGGGUGAAUGGAGCACAGGAGGGAAAUGUUUUUAAGUCCAAGAAAAGUCAAGCAUUUCUCCAAAAUGAGUUCUGCCUUCCUAGGACAGAAUAGGUUCCUGUACGCG